AUGACUCAUCCACUCGAUCCAUAUAAUCUAGUGAACACCUUUAUAGAUAAAAAGUCUAUUCAACUGGUGUCUGUUCUCGGCAUCGGUGCAUACGGCGUUGUAUACCUUGGAGUGCAUGUUCCCAGCAGCCGACGAUAUGCGAUAAAAUUAAUCACACGGCACACUUCAAACGAUAACGAAAUCCAAUUACAUUGCCGUGUGUCUGGGCACUCAGGUAUUCUGAAACUGGAAAAGGUGGUCCAUGAAGAAAGAGAUAAUCGCAUUUAUCUCGUACUUGAGUAUGCUCCUGGAGGGGAUCUUUUCACUGCCAUCACCCGACAACAAGGCAUUAUGGGCAAUGAGGAAGCGAUACGAUACAUAUUCCUUCAACUCAUCGAUGCUGUACAACAUUGUCAUGAACAAGGCGUUGCUCAUCGUGAUCUCAAGCCUGAAAAUAUUCUUGUGUUUCCACAAUGGCGUGUCAAGCUUGCUGAUUUUGGCCUGGCUACAACCCAACUUGUAUCGGCUGGAUUUGGUUGCGGAUCAACCUUUUAUUUUUCACCCGAGUGUCAAGGCCAUACCAUCAACAAGGGAUAUAGCACGAGGCAGAACGAUGUUUGGAGCUUGGGUGUAAUCUUGGUUAAUAUGGCAACCGGCCGUAAUCCUUGGCGCCAGGCGUCCUUUAUAGAUCCUACCUUCCAGCGGUAUAUGAAAAGGCCCAAGCCGUCGUUCUUCGUGGCAACUCUACCUCGUAUCUCUGAAGAUUUUGCAGUGCUUCUAUCACGCAUCUUUUGCCUUGACCCAUCCAGACGUAUCUCGCUUCCUGAGCUACGUAUUCGCAUAAAGGAUUUAUUAUUCUUUAAAGAUAGUCGUGCUACCUUUUCUUUUGGUGCAAAGACCAACCAAGUAUCACAAUCACAAUCUCUGUCCCUUGCUGCUCAUGCCACUAGCAAGCCACGGAACAAAAAAUCAGCACCAUUGAUAUCAUCCGGUUUCAAGAGUCUUCCGCUCAGCCAAUCGUUGGUACAUAGCUUGUGUGAUUAUGUCGAUGGAUGGGGUGAUCUCGAUGAUUAUGACAUUGCUGCAAAAGUAUAUAACGAUUGUCAUCCACGUCCUUUGUUGGAAGCAAGUUUAUUACAAUCCCCACCGCCUUCGUCCAGUUCAGCUUGUUCCUCCAACUCGUCAGGAGAAUACAAUCCACCCACACCCCAAGCUUAUCCGAUGGACCCUUACAAAGUUGAUAUGGUAGCUUCUACUCACAACAUCUUCACCUACCACCACCAUGUAGUUCAAUAG